ACCUCUCAUUCCUAGUUAGCACAGUAAAGCCAAUGAAACCCAUAUGAACCGAUUGACCACUUCCGGUGGACGAUUAUCGCAUCCACAAUUGAUUGCCCAUUAACUAUGCAUACAACUAAAUCACUAUCAAUCAGUGGCAGCUUGGAACCACGUGACCCAUAUUACCGAUGGCCAUCACCAGCCGCUGGCAACACUUUUCCUUGGGCAGUGCACCAGAAUGGAGCUGUCGCACUAUCGGAGCCUUCCCUCGGAGCUCCAAAUAAUGCCCUUUCAGCUUCGGUGUAUGGAACUGAUUGGGCUCGCUGGACCCAAAGGAAGGUUCUACCGAUUUGUGCUGGCGUUCGGUUGGGGCACUUUUGUGAUUCUGUUGCCAAAAUCGGUUCUCGGCAUCGGAAGUCCCCGGUUGGACGCCAUCAUCAAGGGAUUCGCCGAGCUGCUGUUCGAGGGAAACCUGUUCAUAGCGGUCGCUUCGCUGAUUCCGAAACUUCCACUGCUGAAACGGUUGCUGCACGUGCUGAGCGAGAUAUUUACGCAAGUUACUCACGAUGCGCGCUCGAAGGACCAAUGCUACGAGCUGAUAUGCGAGCAAAAUUCCAAAAUAGACAAGUUUUGCAAGUUUUACUUCGUUUACUGCUGCUUCGGACCGUUCGUUUUCUGCAUACCGGCAAUGGUAACGAGCUAUGUGCGUUACUUUGGAAGUGCUGGAAACGGCACCGACAGCAAUGAAACCGAACAGUUACUGUUCGAGCUUCCCAUGGAACAAGAAUUCUACGGGCUGCAAAUUCGCACCAAUUUCGCACAUUACCACCUCUUUCUGGCGGCCUCCCUCUCGGCGUACUGCGUCUGCUCGUACAUGUCGGUGAUCAAGGUUUUGACGCUGCUCAUCAUGAUCAAAUACAGCUCAUUAGCCUACCGGUUGGUGGCGAUUCGAGUUCGAAAAUUGGCAGAACUUCCCGUGUCCGGGCCGAAACAGAACUUGGAGGAGGUGAUGGAUGGCGGCGACGAGCUGAAAAUGUCCAUGGUGAAGGAAGUCGUCGAUCUGCACAAAAAAGCUUUGGAAGUAACCGAUCUGGUGGAGGAGAUAAUCAACAUUCCGAUCGCUAUGCAGUUCAUUGCUUGCAUCUUGUUCUGGUGUAUGACAAUGUUCUACGUUUCCACGAACAUCAACUUCAACUUGUUUAACGUGAUGGUGUUAUUCUGUCUGUCUCUGAUCGAAACGUACGGCUAUUCGUAUUUAGGGACGGAGUUGACCGAAGAAGCCAAAACAGUAGGUCAAGUAAUCUACGAACUUCCCUGGUAUGAGGACAGCGCCCAAUUACAGCGAUACUAUCGGUUGAUGAUCCAGCGAACUCAGCAGAACACUGGAGUUACCGCGGCCAAAUUCUUUAUCGUAGGAAUCGAGAAGUUUGAGAAAGUUGUCAACCUGUCGUAUUCAUACUACCUAGUGUUGAAAGAUGUUUUGGACAGUCUCUAAACCCGCUAAUCGAAGUUAUGUUAAAGAAAUCAAUAAAACUCAGACAACCAACCGAAAAGUGUUCCUCAGAAUUCUGCUAGCGAUGAUCACGUUCCCUUCUACCAAUUUACCGUUACAAACACCCAAGAAUGCGCUCGUCUCCACACAACGCAGCAAAGUUACCGCCGGCCGUAAUAAUUCUUCUUCUUUCGAACAAACCCGUUUCCUCUCAUUUAAACUGUAACUGUCCCCAUCGGGCGGGAGCGAUAAACGCUUCCGAUUUGAUCUGAAUACCAACUAACUACGCACGCACUCGCGGCCGGCCACCAACAAAACCAGUUGCAGCCGCAGCUCGGUCGCAGCGCUUCAGAAUUCCCGGUAAUCCGCGCAUGUGUAUACGCUAAGCAAACCCAUUAAACCAGGAGAGUUACAACCUCGAACCCCCAUCAUAUAGAGGUAAUCCGUUGCAUUAAUUUUAUGACCUGUCGCGGGGCUAAACCCCGGAGCACGCGUGGCUAUUGAGUCUGAAGAUGCUACCUGGAUUACGAUGGACCCGAGAUGG